CUUAGGCAGUAUGGCCGCGUGUCGCGUGUGUGUUAUCUGUUUCUGGGUACUUAUGGCUGGAAAUGCAGUAAAGGCAUUUGUGCUGAAGUCGAAUGAUUUCUCGGGUUUUAUAGGUGCCCACAGUUUUCCACUAUCACAUGUUCCAGAGAACCUGUUAAAUGGCAAUGGAAACAAAGAGGUUCGUCUUGGUAACCUGGAGACGGCAAAGGAAAGCAACUCACCAUACCAAGAGGAUACUGACAAACGUGUAAAUGAUCUCGAGAGGAAAGUCGAGAAUCUGCUAAAUGACAAUGAAAACAAAGAGGUUCGUCUCGGUGAACUGGAGACAGCAAAGAAAAGCAAGUCAUCAUAUCUAGAGGCUACUGACAAGCGUGUUAAUGAUCUCGAGAACAAAUUCGGGAAUCUGCUAAAUGAUAAUGAAAACAGAGAGGUUCGUCUUGGUGAACUCGAGACAGCAAAUGAAAACAAGUCAUCAUACCUAGAGGCUACGGACAAGCGUGUUAAUGAUCUUGAGAAGAAAUUCUGGAAUCUGCUAAAUGACAAUGAAAACAAAGAGGUUCGUCUUGGUGAACUGGAGACAGCAAAUGAAAACACGUCCUCUCACCAAGUGGCUGCUGACAGGCGUGCUAAUGUUCUCGAGAAGAAAUUUGAGAACCUGUCACAUGACAGUGAAAACACCGUGGUUCGUCUUGGUGACCUGGAGAAAACAGUGGCCAACCUGGCGUCUAUGCUGAAUGGAGAUUGUGGCUCACCGACACCUUUAGAAGGCACAGACGUUGACUGCAAUUCAACCAAGAUACAUGAUAUCGCGCAGUACAGAUGCAAAAAGGGUUUCCUUAAACUCUCUCUUGGUGAGAUGGUGACGAGCUACUGCAAGGAAGACGGGCUGUGGACGAAGGUCAGCCUGAAGUGUGCCAACAUAUCUGGUUGUUGGACGGUAUCUCAAGGAAGGGCGUUGUAUACUGGAACUCAAUCAACAACAACAUCCGGCAACACCUGCCAGCGAUGGGAUGCUAUGAAGCCACACUCUCACAGCUACGCAACAGACACCGUGUUCACUAUCCCAGGCUUUGAUACGCCCCAAACUCUCAACGGAUCUGCUAACUUCUGCCGUGACCCAUCAAACGGCAAGUAUUUGUGGUGUUACACCAUGAAUGUAGACGAACGCUGGGGAAAGUGUGACGUGCCUCAGUGUAAAAUAGAAAAAUGAUUUGAUUACAAAUACGAUACUGUCCCAAAUGGAUCCGUCAUUCCCUCAUCUCCUCCUAACGGAAGUGGAACCGUGUUCUCUGGGUUCUCUGUGGCGAGAUGUGAGACGGAUUCAGUGUUGAUGGAAGACCUCUUAUUUCGUUUAAUUGCAACAUUAAACUAUCUC